ACGCAUGGCGCGCACAGCCAAAGACGCGAGUAACAAAUCAGGAAUUUCCCUCCUGCCACUCCUGAGAGCGCUCAAGACACGACAAAAGUCAAAGUUCUCCUCACAGAGGUACAGCCCAAACAGGAUCUAAUACUUUUUUGGAACUUUUCCCCCCCUCAAACUCAAGAAGAUUGCAUAUUUUCCACCCAAAAUGAGUCCGUGACCACAUCACGAUGUUCCUUUUUUGAGCUUUUUUUUUUUUUCGCUGCUGCGUGGAAGUAACGGUGCGGAGCGCAGGAAAAAGGCUGCCUGGAAUGUUAGUGGACGGCGCAGGGCGGUUUUUAGUGGCAUAUUUGGAUGAAGUGCGCAACACCGGGGUGAUCAAACCCGGGACAUGUGGAAUAAAAACGGCGUCUAGAAGGAUGCUGCUGCUUCUACGAUGGAAGUGAAGAACUUUGCAGCUUUUUUGGCGGUGGUUUGUCUCCUUUUUUGCGUCGGCGCCAGCCAACAAUUGCGUCCUAAAGGCAGGAAUGUAUGCAAAGCAAGAGGGUCUCCAGGGCCGGUGUGCUGCAGUGGAUGGGCUCAGCUAGGAGAUGAAUGCAUCACACCUCUUUGCGAAGGCAACUUCACUUGCAAGGAAAACGAGGUGUGCGUCCGGCCUAACGAAUGUCGCUGCCGUCACGGAUACUUUGGAGCGAGCUGCGACACAAAGUGCCCCGCCCAGUUUUGGGGCCCAGAUUGCAAGGGGAAAUGCCAUUGUUACCCCAACGGCCAGUGCGAUGACCUGACUGGCAAGUGCACGUGCAACCACAACCGCUGGGGGCCCAACUGCGAAAACCCGUGCAUGUGCCAGAAGGGCAAGUGCGACCAGGACACCGGCGUCUGCACUUGUCACCCGGGCGUCUGGGGCCCGCAGUGCAACAACAACUGCUACUGCAGUGCCAACUCGCUGUGCGACCCAAUGACCGGCCGCUGCCUGUGCAGUCCCGGCUGGACAGGCCGGAACUGCGCCAUCCAGUGCAACUGCAACAACUCGCCAUGCGACCAGUUCACGCAACGCUGCCAGUGCCGGGAGAGGAUGUGGGGGCCCCGGUGCGAGCGGUACUGCCAGUGCGUCCACGGAAAGUGCAACCCGGCCGACGGUUCGUGCACCUGCACACCGGGGUACCGGGGGAAGUUCUGCAGGGAGCCAUGUCCGGCGGGCUUCUACGGGCAGAACUGCAGGAACAAGUGCGGACACUGCAAAGGCCAGCAACCGUGCAAGGUGACAGAGGGACGCUGCGUCACGUGCGAGCGAGGCUGGAACGGGACGCGGUGUGACCAGCUCUGCUCCAAAGGCUUCUUUGGCGAUAGCUGCCAGGAAGCGUGUCCCACCUGCAAGGACGGCCACCACUGCGACCCCAUCCAGGGCAAGUGCUCGCACUGCAACCCCGGCUGGAUCGGGGACAGGUGUGAGGUGCGCUGUCCCAACGGCACGUACGGCGAAAACUGCCAGAACAACUGCAGCCACUGUUUCAACGUCAACUGUCACGUUGUCACCGGAGAGUGCCUGUGUGACCAAGGUUUCUACGGAACCUAUUGCAACAUGACCUGUCAACUCGGACAAUACGGAGUCAACUGCAACCAAACUUGCUCCUGCCACCACAAGAACUGCGACCCCGUGUCUGGUGCCUGUUAUCUUGAACCGAACCAACGGAUGGGCGUGAUCGCUGCAGGAACCCUGGUCUCCUUUCUGCUGAUCCUGCUGCUCUCGCUGCUGUGCUGCUGCUGCCUGUGUCGACACAGAGACCACCACAACAAAAAAGCCAAGCGCAUCCUGUGCGGACGAUUUAGCCGAAUCAGCACGAAACUUCCCCGUAUUCCACUGAGGAGACAGAAACUGCCAAAAGUAGUCGUAGCCCACCAUGACCCCGAACACAACUUCAACUGCAGCUUCAUCGAGCCCCCGUCUGUGGCCGAGCAGCCCUCGCCGUCCUCCUGGUCCUCACAGGAGUCCUUCUCCUCCUUUGAGAGCAACGACGACGGCCCCGUUUACUGCGUGCCCCACGAAGAAUCAGUGAGUGAAAGCAAGGACGUGCACAGCCCCAGUCCAGAAACAGACAAGCCAGAAGCUCCUAACGAUGAGGAAGCCGGAGAGUACACCUCUCUGAAAGACACCGGUGCCACCAAAACAGACGCCAGCGAUCCACCUGUGCUGAAGUCUUCAGAUAGUGAAAGCUCCACCAGCGGAUCAGAGUCUGCGACGGCAACCCUCUAUGCUCGCAUUGCUCGCCUCUCCAAGCAGUCCAGGGAGGAGGAGAGUAGCGCCAAGGACGGGGAGACAGCUACAUCAGAGUACAAACGCAACGGAAAACCACCGCCAUCUCCCGGAAAGCCAAAACCUCGACCACCGGACCCGUCAACCAAACCAAAGGUAUCUUGGAUCCACGGAAGCACGACAGGACCUCCUCUCCAGCCAGACCAUCAAGGACAGAGUGGCUUGAAAGCGCUCCCAGUUACAAAGAAGAAGAAAAGAAGCUCCAGUGAUGUAUCAGCCAAGAGUGAGGAGCCGCACAAAGUGAGAGGGAAGGGUUGUGAUCAGCAAAGGAAGCAGGAGGGUGACACCGACGUAUCACCCAACAAGCACAAUAAGCGAGGCAAGAAGUCUGGGGACGAGCAUAGCAGUCCAAGUCAUAUGGAGCACAUUAACGGUGUGGUUCAAAACGCUCUCAGGAAGAUCAGCAACUUCCACAGCUCUUCGUCUGAGAAGAAGAGCGCCGACACUGCUAAGGAGACCCCCAAAGAUCCCCCUAAGAGCCCCAAGCUCAUCCAUCCACAUAUGAACUCUGAGGCCGCCACACUCCUGGCCGCUCAGCUCAAGGAGAAAACCCAAAGCAUCAACAGGAACGAGGGGACGGGCCUGACAAAGACCAAUGGACUCUCGACACCCAAGGGAACGCGGGAGAAGCCCACACCCCCACAGAAAGCCAAGAGGACCACGUCCUCUGGCUUUAACCAGCAGGGAUCUACCAAACCCCUACUGCCCACCUCCAGCAGCCUCCAGAAAAUGGUGGCGCCUGUCACCACUGAUCAAGGGAUACCCGAAACCAGGAGCCCGGGAAAGCAGGACUUGAACGGCUCUAAGGCAGGGGACCCGAUGGUGGAUGCCACACCGAAGAAAACUCCCAUUAAAAAGCCACCGAGGAAGAAAGGCAAGGAGGCUACUUUGGAUACGCCAGAAACCAAAACACCAAAGACAGCCAUCAUGCCACCACAGAUAGUCAAGUAAGUGCAAUUCCCGCACUAUUUGGCUGAGUCCGUACGGAAAAAGAGAAACAUCGAAUCAUUGGACUGUGUAUUAGGUAUGCUAUGAUCAAGAACUUUAUGUCUCAUCAUCCGUCUCAAACCACAAAGCGUGACUUAUGCUGCAUUCGAGAGAACUGGGUGGUUCGGUCAGUCACACAGUUAGAUAGCCUAGACUGUGGUCCUUAGCCCUGUUUCCCUUGAAUUUAAAUGGCAUUCUAUCGAUUGCAACCGGACCGUUUGUUGUUUCUUAAAAAGGUUUAACUUGUCAACAGGGUAAACUUUUAUAAGAAAGAAAAACGCUUAGAGAAUGCAAUGACCUAGAUGAUUGGGAACAUCUAUAGACACAUUUAAGACUGAGUACCACUGUGGGCAUUACGGACCAGAGCUUUUUUUGGUGCCCCUCCAGUUAAGAAACAGACCUUUAGACUACAGACCAAUGUGUCCAAACUUCAAUCGGUAAAGUGUCCCUGAAAAGUAUUUCAGUGCCCUACUCUUCGACCGUAUUAUUUGUCCUUUGAACUGUCAGACCAGUAUGAGGCAUCCAGAGUUACCUACUCUAUUCCAAAGAUGAUUAGCCUUUGUUUAAAAAACAAUGGCCGAGUCUAAUUUGCGUGAAAGAGGAACAUCAACCUCUUCUAGUAACGUCUAAAGUCCCAGUCUUACGGAAUGCAGCAUUCGUCGGACACAUCAGCUCAUUCAUGAAUACUCUUCAGUGGUACUAAUUUCUCUGUUAUGUACAUUUACAGUAAAGGAUCCUGAGGUACUAUGAUAGCAUAAACAGCAACAACAUUUGCAUUUUAACAUGACAACAACAAGCAGAAAAACAGUCUUGUUUUCUAUCCAGACAGUCCUGAACUAUAAACGCAGAGAGCACACGGUUUAUGGUUAUGUAUUCGGUCUCAAUUGAUUUUAGUCGUGAAAAACCAAGAUGGACCAGAAAAUUAUUUGUUGUGUCGCUCUCAGGGUGUCAAAUCAACAAAUCAUGCCGCGAUACCAAACUUUAAAUUGAUAUGAGCUGUUUAUUUUUGCUCAUUUAAUUUAAACAUAACCUCAGUUCCGUGUUUUAUUUUGAAGACGCAUGUUGAAUAACGGAAACAAAAAGACAUCGAUUGCUUUCAUAAUGCUGAAGUAACAAGCUGCUACUAAACGGUGGCGUGUAGAAGUGUGCCUCGACUGUGGAUCAGUUUAAGCCGAAUAAAAAGUUUGUGUGUUAAAGUUGGAGUUACAGGUACUUAAACUGGAAUGUUUUUUCUAGAUGAAACGAUUCAUUGUUCAGGAUGGAUAGAUUUAUUGAAAGUGUUUUCUUUUUUUUUUUUGAAAGGUACAAGUUUGUAUGUUACUUUUUGCAGCUUUUUAAAACGUAAAAAAAAAAAUAAAACCGUGUAUACAUUGUGUACUUUUUACUCAAUCUUUGUAAGUUGUGCUUAUAUGACCCUCUGUGAUUUUGUCUGUCAAUGAAAUGGCUUUCAUGUUUCAUCUAUGGUACACUGAGUAUUGGGGUCACACUGAAAAGGAAACAAAAAAAAAAUCUGGAUAUUUUGAGGAUUUCUUUGAAGGGAAAAAAAGUCGUAAAAUGUUUUUUUUAAAAGGUGACCUAUGAGGAUUUUCCUCUUUUGUGACUUAUUUUAUUUUUCAGACCAUAGGGAUUAUAAGGCGCGCUGCCGAUGAGUGGGUCUAUUCAGGUGUGUUUUCAUACAAAAGGCGCACCGGAUUAUAAGGCGUCUUAAAGGCGUCAUAUUAUCAUGAUUUUUUUCCAGAAGUAAAAUACUUCCUUGUGGUCUACAUAACAUGUAAUGGUGGUUCUUUGGUCAAAAUGUCGCAUAGAUGAUGUUUUACACAUCAUCUUCAAGCCGCUUUCUGACAGUCGCUUCAGGAUGCGCCAUUUUGUGGGCGUUCUUAUUUACGUGGCUCACCUUUGACGGCGUCUUCUACCCGUUAUCUUUGUUGUAGCGGUGUAGCGUGCAAGGACAGGAGUGGAAGAAGUGUCAAAAGAUGGAGCUAACUGUUUUAAUGACAUUCAGACUUUACUUCAAUCAAUAACGGAGCAGCAUCUCCUCAUCCGUGGCUCACUAGUGCAACACUUUGUCUGUAUUAGUACUAUUAACAUUAUUAUUGACUACUCUUUGUCUCAUUCUUUUUAUUUUCCUAUUUUAAUUAUGUUAGAUCUGUGUUAUUGUUGUUGUUGGGGAAAAGUGUUAUGAAUUAGCUUUGGCUACAAACACUAUGUUGCAUACAUUGGAUGACUCUAAAGAUAUCUAUGUUUCUGUAUCCGUCCCUAUUUCAAAUAAACCGUUUGAAAAAAAACCAACAACAACAACAACAAUGUGUCCCGUGAAAAACCGUCCGACCGGAACUCACUAAUAACUAAAGUUUGUGGGUGAAUAAUGUAAACUCACUACACUGGUACUUUUUUCAGGUAUUCCGUUGCAAGUCUACUGACAGAUACAAUAAAUAAGUUUUACAGUACAUUAUAUUAGAAAUGGCAACACCACAGUAUGAAUGUUCUAUAACAAGAAGAUAGAGAAUAAGAAGAAGCUUAUCCACUACGAGGUCGGCACGGACUACAGUGGCGGACCUGCGCCAAUUUUCAGGACUUAUGCAGAUCUCAAAUACACUUCAGCAGGUGCCAGAAGGUAAGAAAAGUUGGUUUUGCAUAAUAUUCCGAAACAAAACGCCAGAUAAUAUGUCCGCUAAUAGGUGCCAUUUUGCGGUCCCUAUACACCUGGGGUCUCAAACUCAAUUUACCUGGAGGCCACUGGAUGCAGAAACUGGGUGAGGCUGAGCCGCAAGAAAAGAUUUCUUAAAACAUACUUGCCAAUCCUCACGAUUUUUCCGGGAGACUCCUGAAUUUCAGUGCACCUCCCGACAAUCUACCGGUGCUACCAUUCUCCUGGAUUUUUCCCAAUUUUCGCCCGGCCGACAUUAUUAAGGGCUGCCGUGACUGCACUGCCUUUAAUGUCCUCUACAACAGUGGUUCUCAACCUUUUUUCAGUGAUGUACCCCCUUGUGAACAUUUUUUUAAUUCAAGUACCCCCUAAUCCGAGCAAAGCAUUUUGGUUGGAAAAAAGAGAUAAAGAAGUAAAAUACAGCACUACGUCAUAUUGCUCAUUUGUAGUGGUCUUUCUUGAACUAUUUGGAAAAAAAUAUAUAAAAAUAACUAAAAAACUUGUUGAAAAAUAAUUGAUUCAAUAUAAAUAAAGAUUUCUAAACAUAGAAGUAAUCAUCAACUUAAAGUGCCCUCUUUGGGGAUUGCAAUAGAGAUCCGUCUGGAUUCAUGGACUUAAUUCUAAACAUUUCUUCACAAAAAAAGAAAUCUUUAACAUCAAUAUUUAUGGAGCAUGUCCACAAAAAAUCUAGCUGUCAACACUGAAUGUAAGAUUGUUGUAUUAUUUUUCCACAGUUUAUGAACUUACAUUCAUACUUCAUUGAAGUAAUAUUCAAUAAACAUAUGUAUAAAGGAUUUAUGAAUUGCUGCUGUUUUUUAGAAUGUUUUUAAUAAAUCUCACUUGUCUCUUGGCAUACCUUCAAGGACCUUCACGGGUCCGCGCACCCCCAAAAGAAGACUACUGCUUCAGUACAUGUUAUCGCGCACGCUUUUAUAUCACACAACCAAUGUGCCAGCUCUGUAACGUGUUGUGUGAAGACUUGUGCAGAAUAACGUCAGUGGCUGCAAGACGUACUUGUUCAACAGCCAUACACGUCACACUAAGGGUGGCCGUAAAAAAACUUUUAACACUGUUACAAAUAUGCAGCACACUGUGAACCCACACCAAACAAAAAUGACAAACCCUUUUUGGGAGAAUUUCCGCACCCUAACACUUACUUUUACAACACCUCAACCGACGCAAGUAGGGAGGGUGGGGGGUUGGUGGUAGCAGGGGUGUGUAUAUUGUAGCCCGGAAGAGUCAGGGCUGCAUGGGAUUCUGGGUAAUUGUUCUGGUGUGUUUAUGUUGUGUUACGAUGCGGAGGUUCUCCCAAAAUGUGUUUGUCAUUCUUGUUUGGUGUGGGUUCACAGUCUGGCACAUAUUUGUAACAGUGUUAAAAGUUUUUUUACGGCCACCCUUAGUGUGACGUGUGUAGCUGUUGAUCAAACAUAUCUUGCAAUAACACACGUGCGUCUCACAUGACCAGAUGCAACAUACAAAUGGGCUUGCAUGCUGUCAAUUCAGGAUGUAGGGGGCGCUAAAGGCAGUGCCAUUAUGGCACUCCCUGAUUAUUGUUGAUCUGGUAAGAAUUGACAGGGGCUUCAAGAGAAUUGGUGCCCUGAAAUUCAGGGGUCUCCAGGGAAAAUUGGGGACGUUGGCAAGUAUGACGGUGUCAAGCGCCGUUCAUAUUAAACUCGCGGGCCGCACCAACAUUAAAUUGUCAUAUCAAAGCGCGGGCUGCAUAAUAACGUCUCGUGGGCCGCAAUUGGCCCGCGGACCGCAUGUUUGAGACCCCUGUUAUACACACACCAUAGUAAUACUUGUAUCUCUAACUACAGUAGCAGUAAUGGGCUGACAAUCCAUCAAGCGGGGCGGCUUCAAAGUCGUACUAAAACAUUUUGAAAGAGUUUUGAGUGCUGUGUGUAAUGUUCUUUAUUUUCAGUUUUGAUGUUGUUUACUGGCGUCAUAUUGCAGUCUACACGUAUCUCUUAUGUGAGACUGCCAUCUCCUGGUCACACUUGUCAUUACACUAUGUACCAAAUAAAAUAGGUUUGAGGUUGGUAAACACAACCAGAAUUAUUUCGUACAUUAGGCGCACUGUUGAUUUUUGAAAAAUAUGAUCAUUUUCUUUAUAGCAAUAUUUCGACUUCAUUUUUAAUUUUAGAUUUUUUUAUUAUUUUUUUGGUCAGUGUGGACUCAAUAUUCUUGUCAUCGCAUUUUGCGUAUUUUACAUUUUUUUUCAUUCCAACCUGUAAAGAUGCCGUUGUGAUCAUUGUCAGUUUCUGGCCAUUGCAUGACGGGUCCUCAUAAGGCCUGAACAGGAAGAAAGUGUGUAACCUCCCCGCUGUUUGUCACAGGAGUGAUGGUACAGCACUAAGACACCAAUGUGUACAUAAAACCCUAACUCUGGGUCAUAAUGAUGUAUAAUGACGUGGCAAUUUGACCCCGCCUGUUCUUUAUCUGGACCUCAGAAUGCUGCAACACAGCUGUAACGUGUAUUUUUGUCCCUUUUUUUGUUGUUUUUAGCAUAUUUGUAUAUGGUCAAGACAUUGGUUUUCCUCAUUUACUUUCCUGGAAUAAAGUAAAAAAACAAACACUA